GUCUGACAAUAAUUGGUCGAGUUGAUACGCUACAUUCUGGAGGAUGAACCAGCGGACAGAACGAAGUCCCGCUCCGAAGAAUCUCUCAGAAACACAGAGGAAAAGAGAAGCUGUAUGCCUAUAAUAUAAUAGGCUGCAUCGUCGAUUAAUUAGGUUACAUGGACACAAGAGAAGGCUAAUUAUUUCGGCGGAGGAAUAUAAUUGCAUAGCGAUAGCCUAUUAAGCGGCUUGGAGCUUAAGCGCUACAGCCAGCACCUCUCUUCAAAUCUGAACGUAGGCUACCCGUGUAAAAGGGGUUCGUUUUUACUCAAAGCCUCAACUUGUUAUUAUCGUGCUUAUUGCUGUUGGAAUUGCUUGUUUCUGAAGAGGUGGUCAUUAUACGACGUCAUUUUGAAGCGAUUAUAUUAGUUUGGAGUCGACGGCUGCGGAGUGCGACUGGAUGCAUGUCUUGCAUCGGGGAUUGACGUGAUAGGCUACAUCUCAACGGACCAGACUUCAAAUUGUGAAUAAACAAGACCUUGUCCAGGGCAACGCCACCUCAAUCUAAAACCCAAUAAAUCUGGGCAAACUCAACUUGUAUUUCGGCAACAGAGGGAGAAACUAAAAACCUGCAGAAUGCCUCUUGCACACCUUGCGGAACCCUGGCCCCAAAUGGAGCUAGUUACACUGGACUCCGAGAAUGGACAAAGCGUCACGGAGGAUGGGGUCACACCUGCUGGGCACAAGGAGGAUGAUAUCAUCAAGGAGAUUAACAUCACCCACGUGGUCAAGGAAGGUUCGGAGAAGGCCGACGCUCGCCAGUUUGAGCUGCUCAAAGUGCUGGGCCAGGGCUCCUUCGGCAAGGUUUUCUUGGUGCGGAAGGUAACGCCUCCUGACAACAACGAGCUAUACGCCAUGAAGGUCCUGAGAAAGGCCACCCUCAAAGUGAGAGACCGGGUGAGGACCAAGAUGGAGAGAGACAUCCUGGCAGAUGUCAACCACCCCUUUGUGGUCAAACUCCACUACGCAUUUCAGACGGAGGGAAAGCUCUAUCUGAUCCUGGACUUUCUGAGAGGAGGCGAUCUCUUCACCAGGCUGUCGAAAGAGGUGAUGUUCACAGAGGAGGAUGUGAAGUUCUACCUAGCAGAGUUGGCCCUGGGCCUGGACCACCUGCAUGGCCUGGGAAUCAUCUACAGGGACCUCAAACCUGAGAACAUUCUACUGGACGAAGAAGGCCAUAUCAAACUCACAGAUUUUGGCCUGUGUAAAGAGGCCGUUGACCAUGAGAAGAAAGCCUACUCCUUCUGCGGUACAGUGGAGUACAUGGCACCAGAGGUGGUGAACAGGCAGGGCCACAUCCACAGUGCAGACUGGUGGUCGUUUGGGGUAUUGAUGUUUGAGAUGCUGACUGGAUCGCUACCGUUCCAAGGAAAGGACCGCAAAGAGACCAUGAACCUGAUCCUCAAGGCAAGGUUGGGAAUGCCCCAGUUCCUGAGUUCAGAGGCCCAAAGUCUCCUCAGAGCUCUGUUCAAGAGGAACCCCACCAACAGACUGGGGUCGGGGGCGGACGGUGCCGAGGAGAUCAAACGCCACGCUUUCUUCUCCACCAUAGACUGGAAUAAACUGUUCCGGCGAGAAAUCCAUCCCCCGUUCAAGCCGGCCGUGGCCCGACCGGAUGACACCUUCUACUUUGACUCAGAGUUCACCUCCCGCACACCCAAAGACUCCCCAGGCGUUCCACCCAGUGCCGGAGCUCACCAGCUCUUCCGGGGCUUCAGCUUUGUCGCCCCGGCCAUGCUGGAGGAGGAGGGAUCAUUGGAGCCUGCCAAGCCUGCACCACACCCAGUGGUUCAGCAACUCCAUGGGAAGAACCUGUUGUUCAGCGAUGGCUACGUGCUGAAGGAAGACAUCGGCAUGGGCUCCUUCUCUGUCUGCAAGCGCUGCGUCCACAAAGCCACCAACACAGAGUACGCCGCCAAGGUGAUUGACAAGACCAUGACAGACCCCUCCGAGGAGAUCGAGAUCCUGCUGCGAUACGGCCAGCACCCCAACAUCAUCACCCUGAAGGAUGUGUAUGACAAUGGGAAGCAGGUGUAUCUGGUGACAGAGCUGAUGCGAGGCGGGGAGCUGCUGGACCGGAUCCUGAAACAGAAGUUCUUCUCCGAGCGCGAGGCCAGCUCCGUGCUCCACACCAUCACCAAGACUGUAGAAUACCUCCACGCACAGGGGGUGGUUCACAGGGACCUGAAGCCUAGUAACAUCCUGUAUGUAGAUGAGUUGGGGAACCCCGAGUCCAUCAGGAUCUGUGACUUUGGUUUCGCCAAGCAGCUGAGAGCUGACAACGGCCUGCUCAUGACCCCCUGCUAUACUGCUAACUUCGUAGCCCCGGAGGUGUUGAAGCGUCAGGGCUAUGAUGAGGGCUGUGAUGUUUGGAGUCUGGGUGUCUUGCUGUACACCACGCUGGCUGGCUUCACUCCGUUUGCCAAUGGGCCCGAGGACACUCCAGAUGAGAUCCUGAGCAGGAUAGGAAGCGGUCACUUCACCCUGACCGGAGGCAACUGGGACGGCGUGUCGGAUGCAGCCAAGGACCUGGUGUCUAAGAUGCUCCACGUGGACCCCCACCAGCGGCUGACGGCCAUGCAGGUCCUCAAGCACCCCUGGAUUGUUCAGAGGGACAAGCUGCCUAACAGCCAGCUGCAGCACCAGGACCCAAAGCUGGUCAAGGGGGCGAUGGCGGCCACCUACUCUGCCUUGAAGAGCUCCCAGCCCACGCCGGAGCUGAAGCCCAUCGAGUCUUCGUUCCUGGCCCAGCGACGUGUCAAGAAGCUCCCCUCCACCUCUCUGUAGAACCAUGAUGACCCCCAGACUCUAGCUAGAACACCCCCCCC